CCAAAUCCUUCCAGACUGGGAUCACGUUUGAAAGUCGGGCUGAUGCAACGAUUCCCACUUUUUAGAAUCUACUCUCGAUCCUCGGCUGAGCAGAAGAAAGGACAUUUGUUGCACCUGGGGUCCAAGUCAGCUGCGGUGAAGACCGAGUCUGACGCGAUGCCAGGACAAAUCCCAGAUCCCUCUGUGACGGCGGGCUCCCUGCCCAGCCUGGGCCCGCUGGCUGGGAUCUCAGCCACCACGCUGACCGACAAGCUCAAAUUUGGCGACCUCCAGGAGUUUGGAACAAUGUUGUCACCGCUGCACUUCCUGGACAGCUUUGGAAAGAGACCUCUAGUCAUCAAAACGGAGAGAGAUGAAGAGGAGGAGAGGAGAAAACGGAGGCGAGAGAAAAACAAAGUGGCUGCCGCUCGAUGUCGAAACAAAAAGAAAGAGAGGACAGAUUAUCUACAAAAUGAGUCAGAAAGGUUAGAGAUGCUAAACUCUGAUCUUAAAGCCCAAAUUGAGGAGCUCAAACUUGAGCGACAGCAGCUCAUCCUCAUGCUCAACCGCCAUCGUCCCACGUGCAUCGUCCGGACGGACAGCGUCAAAACCCCGGAGAGCGAGGCAAACCCCCUGCUGCAGCAGCUCCAGGCCAACUGAGGACACAAAGACUUGCUUAUCAUUUGUGCGCUUGAGAAGAGGUCGACACCUAACAGCACUUGGAUGGAAACCUGCUCUGAAAACCAGAGCGCCGCACCACAAAGAGCAGCACCAUCAUUUUCGUCACCAUCAUUCAAGCUCCAGCCACAGUUUUACUUAGAUUAAACAAAAAAUAUCAAAACAUGUAGGACAAUUACACUCCAUACAUUAAGUUUAGUUUUACAGUCAAAAAUGAACUGUGACUUCUUCAUGUGUUUAUUGUUGUGACAUAAAUGACAUAAACUUACUGGACUGCUUUCAACUCACAGACUGAAGACAUAAACCAGAACUUUCAUGCUCCCAAGUUUUUAGAAGCAGUUAAAUCGACAUGCAAAGAGAUCAGGUUAGCAUUUAUCUUUUUUUUCAUAGUUACAGAACAAAUAACUAUGUUCUGUAUUUCAUUGUUUU